UCGAGUGAGAAAACCGCGCAUCAUUGAAUUUCACCCCAUUUAUGCAUAAAUCGAGUCCCGCAGGUCUGUCAGGCCUGUGCCGAGUCACGGAGCAUCUCUACCUGAGUAGCCUGAGAGCGGCUCACGACGCCGCCCUGCUUACUGACCAUGAAAUCAGCUGCAUCGUCAACGUUACGGAGCCCGGGAGCAGCUCUCCUCCUCCUCCUCCUCCUCCAGGGGUGGACUACAUCCACAUCCCCGUCCCCGACUCCCCGCUGUCUCCCCUUAGAGAUCACUUUGACGAGGUAGCGGAUAAGAUCCAGACCACGGCGGAGCGCGGCGGCCGCACCUUGGUGCACUGCCGGGCCGGGGUGAGCCGCUCCGCCGCCCUGUGCAUGGCCUACCUGGUGAAGCACCGCGGGGUCAGCCUGCUGGAGGCCCACAGCUGGGUGAAGAGCUGCCGACCCGUGGUGAGGCCCAACCACGGCUUCUGGAAGCAGCUCGUCCAGUAUGAAGUGGAGCUUCGCGGGUGCAACUCUGUCCGGAUGGUGUCCUCCUCCAUGGGGGAGAUCCCGGACAUUUACGAGGCGGAGGCCAAGAACAUGAUGCCGCUGUGAGGCUGCUUGGUGCUGGACAGGCUGACAGUGUUGGUCCGAUGCUCAGACCCCGGUGCUCCCUCCAGGCUUCUGUAAGAAACAGUUGGUAGACAUUCAGUUUGAAGUAUUGUAAGUGCACUUAAACAUCUCACCCAGGUUUGAAAAUAGGUUUAAAAAUACUCUAUUUUGAAUAAUAAUUUAUGCCAUAAGUUUUUUUUUUCUGUCUAAAAACAAGAAGCAAGUUUAAUUAAAUGGCUAGGAAUAAUUUAAACUGCAUCUAAUCCUGCCUCCUUAUUGAAAUCUGGAAAUAACUGAAAAUGAUGGAUUGCCAAACAUUGUUCAUUUAAAGACCCGAAUCAGUGGAAA